UCAGAACUAAUUUCCCUUUGCCUAUAGGCAGGCCGUCAAUGCCACCGGGCACCUCACAGACACACUGUGGUUGAUCCCUAUCACGUUCCUGACAAUCGGCUACGGGGACGUGGUACCCGGCACCAUAUGGGGCAAGAUUGUCUGCCUGUGCACCGGAGUCAUGGGAGUCUGUUGCACGGCCCUGCUUGUGGCCGUGGUGGCCCGGAAACUGGAGUUUAACAAGGCGGAGAAACAUGUACACAACUUUAUGAUGGACAUCCAUUAUGCCAAAGAGAUGAAGGAGUCGGCUGCACGGCUCCUGCAGGAAGCCUGGAUGUACUACAAGCACACUCGCAGGAAGGACUCUCGAGCUGCCCGAAGGCAUCAACGCAAGUUGCUGGCCGCCAUCUACACGUUCCGCCAGGUACGGCUGAAACACAGGAAGCUCCGGGAA